CAAUUGGCGCGAUAAGACAUUUUCCCCUCCUGUGUCUGUUAUCUUGGCGUCUAGCGAUCAACAAUACAAAACAUGACCUAUUAGAAUGUUGUUUUGAAAAACUGGACAGUGUUUUUUUUUUUGUUUGUUUGUUUGUUUUUUGAAAGUCUGAGCCUUGCUUUAUGCAGUCAGAGCAGCUCAACAUCAGCCAGCUCCGAUACAACGGUCUCGACCACCUUUUUCUCAAUGAAAUCUAAUGCCCUGCUAUAAAUAGAACAGGGGUCGCUGACGUCACAAUGCAAACUGCACACGCGCUUCCAUGCGCUUUCUUUUUGUGUUUGCAGUUGAUCAUCUCGUGCAACAUUUGGAGGAAAAGGGGGCAAACCGAAUUUAGGAAAGGACUGGAAUAACAUUAGACAUACACUAUAUUAUCACGCUGGGAAAUAGAAAAAAAGGAUUGAACUUUUUUCACAAGCUGGGAAACAAAAACAAUUACGAAAUGAUCUUGCAGCAUUUGCCUAGUUAGCGCUGGGCGGUUUUGUUGUACAGUACGUGAACUGCAAUACAUUUUCAUUGUAUACAGUGCUCCUCUGAAGUCGAUUUUGGUUUCACUGCUAGUUUCCAGAGAUCAAACAAACUCCCCCUUCCCCUCAAAAGACGGGAACACGUCAAUGGACAAUAACAUGGACUACGAAAGGCCAAACGUAGAAACCAUCAAGUGCGUGGUAGUGGGAGACAAUGCCGUUGGGAAGACUCGUCUCAUCUGUGCACGGGCGUGCAACACCACCCUAACGCAGUACCAACUACUGGCAACACAUGUACCUACAGUGUGGGCGAUUGAUCAGUACCGGGUUUGCCAAGAGGUUCUAGAACGCUCUCGUGAUGUAGUUGAUGAAGUGAGUGUCUCACUAAGGCUAUGGGAUACCUUUGGUGAUCACCAUAAGGACAGACGCUUUGCAUAUGGAAGGUCUGAUGUAGUGGUGCUAUGCUUUUCCAUUGCUAACCCUAAUUCCUUGAAUCACGUGAAGACCAUGUGGCACCUAGAAAUCAAGCACUUCUGCCCGCGGACGCCUGUUAUUCUGGUUGGAUGCCAGCUGGACCUGCGUUAUGCUGAUUUGGAGGCUGUCAAUCGGGCUCGCCGGCCGUUAGCAAGACCAAUAAAACCUGGUGACAUAUUACCUCCAGAUAGGGGCCGGGAAGUCGCUAAAGAACUUGGCAUCCCUUACUACGAAACCAGCGUGUUCGACCAGUUCGGCAUUAAGGAUCUAUUCGACAACGCCAUCAGAGCUGCGCUGAUUUCGAGGAGACACCUACAGUUCUGGAAAUCCCAUUUGAAGAAAGUGCAAAAGCCUCUUCUUCAGGCUCCCUUCCUGCCACCCAAAGCUCCCCCUCCGCUCAUAAAGAUACCCGAAUACCCUCCCACCAACACAAGAGGCCAGAGCCACCUGUUGGACAAUCCCCUAUGUGCGGACAUCAUAUUUGUUCUUCAGGACCACAUUCAUAUUUUUGCUCACAAGAUUUACCUGUCUACCUCUUCCUCCAAGUUUUAUGAUCUGUUUUUGAUGGACCUGAGUGAGGAGUCCCAGCACUCGGAGCAUGUGAGGAAGAAGCCUAGCAGGGAUCACCUCAUGAGAACUCUAAGCCUUAACACCGAGGAGGACGUUGGCAUUUUAGCCGCUCUGUCACCCUGCUCUCUGAGAGCCUCCAAAAGUGACGGCACUUUAAAGAUGAUGAACAGCGGAAAGGGCAGGGGAGCUAAGCUGUCCCUGUCCUCUUGGAGCAAGGCCUUUGUUAGCAUGCACAGAGAGACAGUGAGCAGCCUCCCGACACAAGCUGCAUUUCCAAUCACCGUGGUCCAGAUGGACAGUUCCAUUCAAGUGGGACCUUUUAGAGCUGUGCUGCGCUUUCUCUACACAGGACAGCUGGAUGAAAACGAGAAAGAUUUGAUGAAAAUUGCACAAAUUGCUGAAAUUCUUGAAGUGUUUGACUUGAGAAUGAUGGUGGAGAACAUCACAAACAAAGAAGGGUUCAUGAAUCAGGAGAUCACCAAAGCAUUUCAUGUCAGGAAAGCUAACCGGAUUAAAGAGUGUUUGGCUAAGGAGACGUUUUCAGAUGUGACAUUUAAGUUAGAUGAUGGAAGUAUCAACGCCCAUAAGCCUUUGCUGAUCUCCAGCUGUGAUUGGAUGGCUGCUCUGUUUGGUGGCUCGUUUCUGGAGAGUUCAAACAAUGAGGUUUACUUUCCCAACACAAGCAAGGCGUGCGUACAGGCAGUCCUGGAGUAUUUAUACAUGAAUCAGCUGUCCCCCGUCAUGGAUCUGGAUCCAAUAGAGUUAAUUGCACUUGCAAACAGAUUGUGCCUUCCACGUUUGGUAGCUCUGACAGAACAGUAUGCUGUGAACGACCUGGUGAAAGCUCAAAGAGAUGGAAUAGAUAUAGAUGGAGAAGUUCUCACUUUCUUGGAACUGGCCCAGUUUCAUAAUGCUAAUCAGUUGGGAGCUUGGUGCUUGCAUCACAUCUGUACCCACUACAACUGUGUUUGUGCCAAGUACCGUAAAGAAAUAAAGUCAAAAUCGACAGAAAAUCAAGAGUAUUUUGAGAAGCACCGCUGGCCUCCUGUUUGGUACCUCAAGGAGGAAGACCACUAUCAGCGAGUGAAGAAAGAGAGAGAGAAGGAAGAUGUUAUGCUGAACAAGCAUCAUUCCCGACGCAAGUGGUGCUUCUGGAGCACUUCCUCUGCAGUUGCCUGAGCAACAGCUGAUGUUCAACAAGCCUCACUAUUGUGUGCAUUUAUGACAUUUCUAGGACUUCUGGUAUUUUUGUCUUAAUAUUUCAGAAACAAAAAGAGAAACAUAUGUAGAGGCACUGACUCUCUCUUUUUUUUUUAAACACAAAUUGAUUAUUGACCUGGCUGGGGUUCAAAGCACAAAUUUGAGUAAAUACAACGCAAGCCAGAAAAUAACUAAACACUGCCCUCCAGGAAGGAUUUUGACUCCCAAUACUUGUUGGAGGAGGAUUGUACAGGGGUUGGAUACAAAAAAUGUUUAGAAAUACCUGCAGUUUGUAAGCUCUUAACAGGCCAUUCCUCGCAUGAAUGGGUUUCAGAUGGGAUCCGUUACUUCAAGUGUGUAGCUUUGUGGCGCUCCGGUCACACCUUCAUCACUGCAAUGGAAUCCCAUUCUGUAAUAAUAAAAACCUGCAUCUCCCUCCUAGUAAGACUACAUCUGCAUUCAGGAAGAACAUUGUCAAAAAUGAUCAUCUUCUUCUGUCAUGUUCAGACAGUACUGACCUAGCUGCCCAUUUAUUAGACCCACACUUUAUUGCCAAUGUUAUGGCAGGUGUUUUUCCAACCCCUGUAUGUGUUAGACAUGUGGCACAUCUUUACAGUGGUUACUAUUAUUAUGAGGCCUUUUGAUUUUGAUUUGUAAGGUUUGUUUUUUGAAUGUUGCUGCUCUUGGAUGUUUUAAAGUGACUUUAGCUCUGUUUGGUCAGUAAAUAUCCAACCUAAAUAUUUUGCCUUAUAACCAUUAGUAAUGUAUUUUAAAAGCAGACCUGGUAAAAUGUUAGGCCAGGCCAUUUUGAAGUUUGACUGUAUCUCACUGAAUUACACCAUGUGAUGGGUCUAAAUCCCAGUUUAUAACUGGAAUUGGCAUAGGUGCUGGCAAACAAAAUAAACUUGUUAGAGUUAAACAUUUAUUUCAUAUAUAGCAUCGUUGGGCCUUGUUUUCAUAAAGUGACAUUUUUAAAUGUCAUGUUUUAAAACUAA